UCUGUUUACGGUAAACGGCAGAUACGAAAAGAAGUGAAUUGGGCAAAGUUUUAAGAAAUCUAAAAUUUGUUCAAAGAUAAAUUAAUGCGGUAAAAUUAAAAAAAAUUCAAAAAAAUAUGUGAAGAAAAUAUAAGAUAUAAAUAAAGCCCUCGGAUAUUGUCAAUUGACGAAACUCAUGGCGAACAUAUGUAAAAUGGAAAUAAUAUCUAUAAUACCAGCUAAGCGAAAAAAUCUUAAAAAUUAAGUGUAAAAAAAUUCACAAAAGUGUGGAAAAGCAGCAUAGCAAGAUAAAUAUAUUUGUAUGUAUCUGUGUAUAAUAAAGAAUGAAAUAAAAUAUAUACGUAUACAUACAUAGCCAUACCUCUUAGUCGGCAAAGUAUGUGCAUAUGUAGGGUAAAAUUUAUUGAUGGAACAUGUGAAGUGAAAUGAAAAUUUAUGUGCAGCAUGAAAUGCUGCUAAAACUACGGUAAAAUGCGCUAGCGAAAUCUCAAAUUCGAAAUGGAUUUUGUUCGCUUAAGAAAAUACUCACACAGCCACUCAAAUCCAUAGAUGUUUUGUUUUUUAUUUAUUUUUUUUUUUUUUCAACUCAGUGUAUGGAGAAAACUGCCCGCGGAAAAGCGUUUGUGUACUCUCACAUGUGUUUAUAUUUACGUUACGAUUUUGUGCGUUACUGGUGCAAGAGGUUGAUAUGCGGCAAAUGUGCCACAGCGAGCCACCCUAACUGCUGCAAAUUGUAAAUAAGUGAAUCAACAUAGUAAAUGUAUAAGCUUGUGUGGUGAAUGUUUAUUUAGAAAUAAUCAAAAGUGACAAUCGCUCACUCAACGCCGAACUCAACUCAGCCUGCCGUAGUUGAUAGCAACUGAAGGCAAUUUCGGUUAUAAACAAACCGAGCGAAAUCAGCAGGAGUAAAAGGGACCGAUGGCAAAAAUAAAAGAAAAACACCAAGAAUUAAAAAUAAAAAUAGAAAUAAAAAUACAAAUAAAUAGCAAUAACAAAAAAGGGGCACAAGCUACCUAAGUGCUCGCAUGUUGUUGUUUAUUUUGUUGCUGCCACUUUGAAAUUGCGGCGAUACCAAUCGUGAUUCACAACUACACCGACACCAAAAACAAGCAUUCCGACUAAAUUGGAAAAUGUCAAUGAAAUUUUUUCAAAAGAACACAAAAUGUGAAAGCGAAAACCAAAAACACUGAAAGGUAGCAAAACUAAAAGACAAGUUCUUAAGAUAAAACGAGAAUAAAAAAAAAGUGUGUAAGAUAAAAAUAGAAGUAGUGAAAUGAAAUUGAAAACGGAAUUUCCGCGGCACUCGGACGUGACAGUGACGUGUCGAUAAUAUGAAAUAAAGCAAAAAAUGCACAGUUGACAAUAGAAAACUGAGUAAAAGAAAUAAUGCAAAGUGGAAUAAUAAAAUCGAAGUAAACAAAAAGUCAUAAAACACAAAAACAACUGAGAUAAUCGCAAGCUUUCGUAGAAAAAACCAGCAGCGCAGCACAGGAAUCCACAAUAAAAGCAAAUAAAAAACCAAAUUACGAAAACACGAAGCAGCAACUGUGCGCUCAUACUGACCUCGAAAACUGCCAUUGACGCCAAAUACCAGAAGCACUAGAAGCUGACUGAAGGCUUUCACACCAAUAUCAGCACCACUUACACCAAUAGCAAUAGUAAUAGUUUUUAGCGACUGCAGAACUGUGCCGCGUCGCGUGCCACAAAAUGUAUUUCCGACGCCGAUGCCAUUGGCGAUGUUUUUCUAGCUUCGCCGCGGUUUGGCUCUUUUGGCUGACUUUUGUCAGCAUACAACAGAAUCGACUACAUGGCGAUGGCUGCUCGUGGGCUGCACAACAACAAAGCAUACAAAUAACCCACAACCAUUUGCCACUAAAACAGCUGCAAACGAGCAACAACUGCAAUGAGCAGCAGCUGACGAAAACCGCCGUCAUAGGAUUGUCAGUACUAAAAGUGGGAGAAAAAAGCGAAAAAGCUACUAAAACAAGUGCAAUGGUGACAGUGAUUACUACCCCGCGGCAAGUGGUGGGCGAUGUAGUGACAGAAGCAGCAGAAAUAAUGCCUACACAAUUCGACAAGCAGCAGGAAAUGCCCGUCGCCGCGCCGUCGGAAGUUGACAGCGAAAGUGAUGAGCGCCUAGUGACCGAAGAGAAUAACAACGAAGUGCCAAUCACACAGCCAUACGCAGAUAUCAAUGGGUCAAAUUCGAAGUCUACUCGUAGCAUAUCCGUGGCAAAGGAGGCAGGAAAUAUUGACAGUAGCAAAGUGAAUGCUACUAAAAGCAUUAACGAAGCCAAAGCAACAACGGCAACAAAGCAAAUGCAAACAAAGGAAGGAGAAGCGCCGCUGCAAAUGGCAGCGACCACAGUUACUAUAACGACACCAAUUCCCAGUGCUGGUCACAAUUCAUUCACCACAGUCAGCAGCCAAGCAAAACGUUUGAUAGCGAGAAAUUUAAAGCAGUCGAAGAAUGUCGUCAACUCCGAUUAUUUGGCAUACGAUUUUAAAGCGAAUAUCGCAAAGUUAUUUGCAAAUGAUGCAGCAGCUGGGCGCUUGGCAAAUGCCAGCUAUGCCAGCAUCAAUGAUGAGUUUAAAAAUAAUAUUCGUAGUAGGGAAUUGCUGAGAAAAAUAGAGCAUGAAAGCAACAACAGCAGCAGCACAAGCAGCAGCAGCAGCAGCAGUAACGGCAACCAUAACAACGAAAGCAAUGGCGUACAUAACAACAAACAAACAACAACAGCUACAACGCCGAACAACAGAAGCAACAAUAGUAAAAAAAGUGUUAACCAAAAUCACAUUGAAAAUAAUUACAAUACCAACAAUCUAAGCCCUGUCGAGCAGCCGCAUCCUUCGAGUGUUAGUGGUGCUAAAGCGGCUGCUGCUGUCGCCCUAAGUUCUAAUUUUGCUGUUGACACUAUUGUUGAACCAACAGCUGCUGGCAGUGGCAACACCAACCAUUAUAAUAGCAGUAAGAAUAACAAUAAUAAGACCAACUUUCAUAAUAAAUACAACAAAGUGGUGCACACAAAUGAGCGUCGUCACAUUGUGCCCGAGAAGUUGCAAUACACCAAAGAGCUAAACAUCAAACAGGGACGUCUAAUGGGCAUCACCCGUAACUUUCAAUCGUCGACAGGUCUACGUGAUGUUGAUCAAUAUCUGGGCUUGCCAUAUGCUGAGGCGCCCGUAGGCAGUCGUCGCUUUAUGCCACCAGGUGCGCCAUUACCAUGGCAAGGAUUGAAAAUUGCACGCCAUUUACCACCCGUCUGCCCACAACAGCUGCCCGAUGUCACAGCGCAAGGAAGUGUGAAAAUGUCACGCGGCCGUUACAAGCACUUGGCACGCCUACUGCCCUAUCUAAAGACGGAAAGCGAAGAUUGUCUUUAUCUGAAUUUGUAUGUACCACGUGGUGAUGGUGCUUUCGACUCAUCGUCCGCCUACGAUAUGGACUCAUCAGCAAAGCGUUUGCCGGUAAUGGUGUACGUGCACGGUGAAUCUUUUGAGUGGAAUAGUGGAAAUCCUUACGAUGGUUCAGUGCUUGCGAGCUAUGGUCAAGUCAUUGUUGUUACCAUCAAUUAUCGGCUUGGAGUGAUGGGCUUUCUGAAGCCCAGCAUUGACGAGAAUACUGUCGCAAAUUUUGGAUUACUCGAUCAAAUUGCCGCACUACAUUGGAUUAAGGAAAAUAUUGCCUCGUUCGGCGGCGACAAGGAUAGCGUUACCCUCAUGGGACACAGUACCGGCGCAGCCUGCGUGAAUUAUUUAAUGAUAUCGCCUGUUGCAUCCGGCCUUUUUCAUCGCGCAAUUCUCAUGUCGGGCUCAGCCAUGUCAGACUGGGCGGCCAGCAAUCAUUCGCUUCAACUCACCAUGCAAAUCGCACACACACUCAAUUGUCCUUUAAACGAUGACAAUGAGGAGAUGCUAUCCUGUUUGCGUCAAAAGCGCUAUCAGGACAUCUUAAAAAUACCAACAUCAUUUCCCCAAUUUUCAACUUCAUUGGGUCCAAUUGUCGAUGGCCAUGUGAUACCAAAUCAACCAUAUAAAGUGAUGGGACAAUACACUGAACACUUCAGUCGAUAUGAUUUAUUAUUUGGGGUCACUGAGUCCGAAUCGUAUCACACACUGGGCGCAUUAGCACUCGACGAAGGAUUACGUGAAAAUGAGCGCGAUAAUUUAUUGCGUUUCUAUAUGCAGACACGAUUUGAUGUUCGACCCGAUCUAGCAUUGGCUGCCACGCUAAAAAAAUACGAGGAUAUGUACAACAAUCCCAUUAAGGCUACAAAUUUGGAGCAUCGCGAUGUGGUGCUCGAUAUACUCUCCGACGCACGUGUUGUAGGUCCAUUACUACAGACCGGCCUAUUUCAUGCCGAUGUGAAUCGCCGCAAUUAUAUGUAUGUCUUUGGGCACAAUAGCGCAACGGGCCCACAUGCUAGCUUGCCGCACAGCAUUACGGGCGAAGAGCUGGCCUUCAUUUUCGGCGCACCGCUUGCACCAGCCGGUCCCUUUCCUAGCAAUUCUUAUGGUGUACAGGAGAAGCUACUCUCGGAAGCUGUCAUGACGUACUGGACGAAUUUUGCAAAAACGGGCAAUCCAAAGGCUCCAUGGAAAGGUAGCUUCAUUAAUUUGCAUGCCUUGGAAUGGGAUCGUUAUGAUCUCGAUUGGCCGGAAUUCAACAAACGUAGCCAAGCCUACAUGAAUAUCGGCAUACCACCAUCGAUUGGCUACAAGUACCGGCAUAUCUACAUGAAUUUCUGGAACAAAGAGCUACCCGAUGAACUGAAUCAAAUUGCGAACAUUCAACGGCAACCAUAUUUGCAUGCAAACGUCUACGAUGGAGCUGAUGGGGCUAUAGCAUCACAACGCCCACGUGACGGCACUGCCACCGCAAUGCACCGCACAUAUCCGUUGCAGCGGCAUGGCAUUGGUGGUGGCAGUGAAGUAAUAACCGGGCACAUGAGUCAAUUUGGCACACGUGAUAAUGGUGCCGAGGAUCCGGUACGCACACUGAAACUACUGCUUCAAGAGCCUUGGAAAUUAGGUGGUAGCAAUGAGGGAGCCAACGUAAACGGUGCAGGCGUUGUGGGCAUGGAUACGUUAGCAGAGAAUAUGUACAAUGCGCCACCAACGUUUGGCGUAACAAAGACUGCCGAUGAUGAACAACACUAUAGAAUGGCAGCAACGGGUGUAAUGGGUGGCGGCAUGAUUGCAGUCUCUGGUGGUGGUAGCGAUGGCGAUGGUGUAGCGGCAACAAAUGGCCUGGGUGGUUUUACUGGGCUCGGUGUUGGCACUGGCGUGGCAUUGGCUGGCGGCGGCAAUGCAAUUUAUGGUGUGCCAAAAACGGAAAUUACAGAAGAUGAAAGUGGUUUUGGUGAUGGCGGUGGCGGUAGCGGUGGCGCAGGUGAUGAUGCAGGCAGUGGCGCUAGUGCUGCUGGUAACGCAGGCAAUAAAGAGGAAGUUGCCAAAUCAGAGACGACAAUACAAUUGCUCAUCGGACUGAUUGCUGUCUUCAUUGUGCUCAAUGUCAUCAUCUACUCCACCUUCCUGCUGCAGAAGAAGAAGAAAGCGCACAAUAUGCAACGCAAACUAGGCGGCAUACUCAGCUACGAUGGCACCACCGAUGAUGAGUUCAAGCGCUCGAAGCAAAAUGAUGGUGAUGAGAGCUACAUUUUGGAUAUUGUGCGCAAAUCCAAUACAUAUGAAGCAGUUAAGACGGAACGUUCGCCCAUCAACGGCUUUCAAAUGACACGCCAACUAAGCACCUCCACCGUAGAUACACACACAAAGGUAUGCGCUUGGAUGUCUGCGGCAGCUGGCGCCGCUGCAGAGGUAAAGGCGUGUGCCGACGGCGGUACGGAUAGCUCUAAGAGUGGUUCGAAAAAAUCAUCAUCGCCCACUUUUUCCUCGCUACGCAGCAGCAGCGCUGGUGGCAGCUUUAAACAGCCCAAGGCGCCGCAAAAAGUUAGCGUUGCAGUGGAUGCCACACCACAGGCGCGUAGCAGUAGCAUAUUAGAGCAAGAGCCCAUCGAGGUGCUAAAACUGAAGGCCGAUGGGCGGAAUAUAAUCAUUUGCCAGGAAGUGGAGGUGGUUGAUCAGGAGCUGCUCACGCCACAAAACUCGCUGGACUCGUCGCGUUAUACGCUUGUGCGCCAACACUCAGCUGCCACUGAGCCAUGUGAGGCCGAAUUGCCACAACAGGGCCAGUUGCCGGUAUACAAACCAACGCCUCAGCAUGCCCACUCACAUUCUGACCCGGUGGAUAUGCAGCAAUAUUAUAGCAAUAUUUGUGGUGCAACUGAGCGCGAUGAAAAGGUGACCAGUUUCGUGGGUGAGGACAUAAAUGUAACCAGUCGCGACGAUGAUGAAGUUUCUGCAGCUGCUUUGGCCGGUGUACGCCUAACACACGCGCAACAACUUCAAGUUAUUAAAAGUCGCAACUAUCCGAAAGUGUUGCCUACAAUAAAAACAACACCAAACAGUGGUGUGCCAUUGCAUACGAACGCCGACGAUUCACCGCCCAUGACAUUGGACUUGCGCACCACCAACAAACGCAACUCACUGCCACCCAAUAGCUUUCUGCCACAUUUUAGCGGCACAACGGGUGCAUGUGGCAUCGUGGGUGGGCGCUAUCCACCACUACCCCCACCACGCACCAUUUCCACGCUUGGACGUAAACCAUCGCAACGCCGUAAUAGCAAUAAUAUUACGACAUCACCGCUAAUGUUGGCGCACGACUGCACUGCAGAGGAAGAGGAAGAGCCGCCAAUCACGCAAAAUACGCUUAUUGUGGGGCCCUUAAUACCACAGCAGAAGCAGCUGGCGAUUGGCGCUGAGACAGGAGUUGGCGGUGCUGAUGCUAAUUACUCCACGUUACGGCGCAAUGGAGCAACCACAGCUGCGAAAGCGGUCUUUAAUAGCUUGUCGGGCAAUAGAGCGGAUGACGCAACAAGCAAAGCAAGAAAAACAACAACAACGACAACAGCUAUGCACAACAUAUCUGGCGCAUCAUUAACGCCAACCAGCACUCAAAUCUGCUCAAAGUCGGCGACUGCGACAGCUGGUGUGGCCGGCGUUACAACAUUCUUAAGUAGUGGCGGCUGUGCUGGCUUGCAAAGCUUCGAAAGUCGUCCGAUUUCAGUGAGCAGGCAAGACGAAUUGCAGCAACAACGAAGCGAGCAACAACAACAACAUACACAUCACACUGAGCGCGUUUAUGCGAUACAACAGCCAACUAAUUUGCCACCCAUGCGACCAGGCAGCCAAGCAAUAGCGGGUGUAGCGACGCCAACAACAACAGCAGCAGCAACACCUACUACGUUAAUUACACCCACUUUAAUGAAUUUGACAGGCCAUCAAAGUGGUAGUGUACACAAUAAUAUGCUGCCUACUGGUAGCAGCAACAACAACAACAACAAAAAUGUUGCUAUUAACGCUGGCAUCACUGACAUUUAUGCGCAACCCAACAAGUUGGCAAUUAAAGCAAAGGCAAAUUUGACAGCAUCCAAAUUGAAUGCGCCAACGGUUGAACAAUCUACAACAAAAGCAGCAAUCACGAAUCAUUCUACAACAACACUUCCGAAGUCACCUUCAAUAGGCGCAAUUGCCGCCUUGGCACGCUUACCGGACAACACAGCAACAACAGCGGCGACAUUAAAGCCAAUUGCUGCCGAUGAGGUAGCCAAAGCGAACCAGUUGACAAUAGCAACAGCACCAACAACAACACCAACUGCUGAAAUAACCUGCCGGUUGGGCGCAAAGGAAUUGACAAAUAGUAACAUCGACAAACAGGUGACAGCUAUGGGUGGCAUGCAAACAAUGGAUUCCAUGGCAGCAGCGGCAGCAGCAACUACAACAACGAAAACAACAAUUGCAGCCCACACGGCACAAACGGCAAAAUACAUUAGUGCUACAGUCGGGAAAGGAGGCGAUUUGGCAGCACUGCCACACAUGCCACAAGUGCUGAGAGAUGCUAGCGUUGGCAGUUUACAAGCACAAUUAGAAUCGCAACAACAAGUACAACCGCAGCAAAAGGAAAUACCAGCAACGUUGAAAUCUAUACCAGCAGAAACAGAAACAACAAAAAUAACCGAAACAGCAGCAACGUUUACGCGCGUACCUGUCACUUGCAUGUCAGCUACACCGGCGACAACGACAACGACAACGACGAUAACGACAACGACGCCAACAACAACGACGCCCAAUGCAACAAGAACAAUAGCAAAUGCCAUUGCCGCACAAUUGGCACAAACAAAGCCCUUAAAAGCGGCUUUGGCAUCUAGUAGGGCAGCUAUGGCAAAUACAACAUCGACGUUUGCUGGCAAUGACAGCAGGGCGGCAACAGCGCGCGAUUCCUGCCACAGCUCGGUGUCGGCAUGUUCAACAGGCUCUAGGACAUCCUCGACAUGCUCCACCUCUUCAGAAUCGACGACAUCCUCUAAUGCUUCAACGGCAACUGACACAUCUUCCAACUCCUCGUCAUCGUCCACGGGCACUGUACGCACGGAACUGCAACAAAAGACAUCCAAUGGCAGUGGCAGAGGGCGACCAACACAGAUUUAAUAGCAACAACAACAACGUAAUACUUAAAACAAGCAAUCAAGGCAAGGUGAAAGAAAGACUUGGUCAACAAAAGCAACAUCGUCAACAAAAAACAAUAACAAUCACUCUGUACAGGUAAACUAUGAAUGGUGCGCAGCUGAAUUGUACCGUUGACAACGAUAAGUUUGUGGCCAACAAGUUUGUUAAAAGUUUAGCAAAAGUUUGCAAUGGAAUUACUUAUACGGCCGUUAGACUUCUCAUCCCAGCAAAGCAAUCGGUCAAUGUUGGCUCAUACGCAGGGACAGGUAUAGUGAGUAUACGAGUAUUGGCGCAGUUAAAGCGUUUACUUUAUGGCUUUGCAACAUGAAACCAUCGUCAAGCGAACGGUAAACUGUUGAAGACGAACUUUGCACAUUAAAAUUAAGUAGCGUAGGCGGGUGCAUUUGCUUGCCUGCAUACGUACACACACACAUACAAUUACUGUAAUAUAUUUGUAUAAGUAUAUGGAGGCUGGAGCAGGUACAGCGCAAAGCGAGAGAGAAAAAGCGGAAAAUUGUCAAUUCAAUAAAUCUAAAAACAGCAGGCGAUAGAGAGCCAGUAAUGAGCCAAGCGAUGGGAAUGUUAUAUGAGAACAAAUUUCAUAUGCACGUGAAACUAUAGAUUUUGUAUAGCAAUGCUGCACAUUCAAAUUUUCAAUUUCUCAUCCAUAUAAUUUCUUUCAAGAUCUUUAAAAUUUCA